AGACAGAGCUCUGAUUGCUAGAAGUGCCGAGCGCUCAGAAGAAGAGGGAGAAGGAGUCCAAUAGACACAAAAAAAGGGCACUUAAGGUCAAAUCAGAAGAAAAGUAAAGAUAUUCAGAUUAGGAGAGGCUACACUUUGCAGCUGAUAUGAACGGCUUGCUUUCCUUUACAAUCCUUGUGCUCCUCUCACUGGUGCACAGCUCCCAGACAGUCUAUGUUCAGGAUGGAGACUUGAAAUUCUCUCUUGAGUCCGUGAAGAAGCUAAAGGAGCUCAUGGACAAAGACACAGACAUUAACCCUCGCAUGAAGGUUAUCUGGUCUCCAUGUAAAGAAAAAGAUCUCCCUGAAGAGUUCCAGUCUGUGUGUGAAAGAAAAGAUGCACCCGUGAUUUUUGAAAGGCUGAACAUGGCUGUCACAGAGAUCGAUCUGUGUGAAAUCUGUGUCAAUGCAGCCUGUGCAGGCUGCUUUUGAAGAAGGAUGAAACAAC